AUGAAUCCAACUGUCUAUACCGUUGAAAAACCUGGUGGUGAUCCAGUUAACCAAUGUUCUAUAAUGUACACCAUUACUAGGCCUGGUGCCCCUGCUACUGAAGACCCUCCUCAUGGAAGUGCCGUUAACGAUUACCUCGAGAUUCUUUCAUUCUAA